ACACCUGAGUAGUUACGGUAGAGGUAAGCUAGCAGGCGAGACGAAAGUAUAGUACUAUUACUAGCGAUAAACUACCAGAAUCAUACCUAUAAUUUUCACGAUUCAUGGUAAGUACCUAAUUCGAAAUUGUACUCUCGACCCUGGGUAUUUUAUAUAGUAAUCCAGGAAGGCAGUUAAAACACAAAGAUGUCCCAAUCAAGGGAUGUCUUCGAGCAAAAAGGACCCAAUCAAACAGUCUGCUACGAUAGCGAAACGAAUUUAGAUGACCUCUUCAAGGCUGCAAUGCUUCCAAAAGACAGUCAAGUACAGUUAAGUGGACCUCCUAUGAGGCUUCGAAACCUUCCGCGAUCUUUUUUUCAGCCGCCUGACGGGGGAUCAAAAUCAGCUUCACAUAGUCGAGAAUCAAGUUUUGAAGGAACAUUUUCUCCUCCUCCCCCGUGUUCCGUUGGAUCAAAUUCGGCAACAACUUCGCCACAACAACAACAUAUAAUUGUAAGUGGUUUAACAGUCAGUCAUCGCCAUACACAUUCGUCUCCAGCAUCACUGCAACAAAGUUACAAUCAAACCACUUCCCAGCAUCAACAUCCGAGACAACAGAGUGCUGAUAGUAUAGACAGUAUUCCUCUUCCACCUGGGUGGGAGAUGGCAAAAACACAGUCUGGAGAGAGAUAUUUCAUAAACCAUGAAACAAAAACCACCACAUGGAAAGAUCCCCGUAAAAAUCUUAGUGUUGGAGCUUUGACUACACCGAGAAGUUCUAACCUUUUAGUAUCAACUUCCACUUCUGGUUCAAACAUACCACCAAUAAACCUAGGUCCACUUCCUGAAGGCUGGGAACAGGCAUGUACACCAGAAGGUGAAGUGUAUUUUAUUAAUCAUAACGACUGCACCACAUCUUGGCUGGAUCCCCGAUUAACUCUACAGCUGGGAAGAUUACCAUUAAUGCAGAGUCCUCAUCAUGGUCUUCAGCAACCGACCAUGCCAUCCUCACAACAGCUAGGCCAGCAGCAACCACAGGUGCAGGCCAAUUCAACAGGAACUCAGUCUUGUGUUCAGAACAAUGCAGCAUCUGCUUCAAUAUCAGCUGCAGUGACCACUGUGGCAGGAUCGGUGAACAGUCAGCUGAAUCUACAACAGCAGCAGCAACAGCAAAAACAAAGACUCCACAGACUCCAGUUGGAGCGAGAACGUCUCCGGCUCAGGCAGCAAGAAAUACUUAGACAGCCGGCCUCCCUUGGAAAUUCCAUGCUUAAUGAAAUGAUGCUAAGGAGGACCCUGGGUGAAGAAAAUUCCGUUAUCCCAAAAUCUCCACCAGGAAACACUGUGGAUAUGAUUCCUGUUUGUACAUCUGGCAUAGAUCCAUUUCUGGGAAGUUCCAAUCAACAUGCCCGUCAGGGGAGUGAGGACAGUGGGCUUGGACUUGGGACCAAUUACAGUGUACCUCACACCCCUGAGAACUUCCUAGGAAGUUUAGAGGAUGUAAUGGAUGGUGGAGACAUUGGGCAACAGGCAGGAGGUGACAUCAGCAUGGAAGUGCUACAGAACACAAACCUGAACCUAGGAAGUGACACUAUGGAUUCUGAUGAUUUAGUACCCAGCAUACAGGAAGAAAUCACAGAAGAACUGCUCUCUGAUAUGGAGUCUCUUCUGACCUCUAACAAAGACAAUGUACUGACAUGGCUGUAAUUUCAAACAACCUUAAAAGUGAAGUAACCAGGUCAGGAGUUUGGUGACUUCUUGCCAAUGUUCUCAUAAUGCAAGAACUAAGGAUAGAUAGUUCUUAAACGGUGCCUUCAAAACUUGUGUCAUUUUCAUGUAGUCAUAACUUCAGAUAUAUUUAACCUCUGGAUGUAAAACCACAUGACCCUCUAAGCAUUAUGGCUACAGAGUGCAAGCUUUCUGUUCAUUGUUGUAUCAUUUGUUCACUGGAGAAAACAUAUUUCAUUGUUGUUGUUUUUUUCAUAUAAAGUAUGUUUCUCUUUGAAACUUAUAUCAUGAGUUAGCAAAGGAUUAAUUUAUAUGUCAAGACUUUUUUUUGUUUAUUACAAGACACAUAUACUGUUAUUCAUUGAGUAAUUUUGAUCUUUGUUCAGUAAAUUGAAAUUAAUGUGGUCCAAAGUCUUAGCAUAUAUAUCAUUUAAUCAAAACGAUUGUAAUAUUAAAGUAACAAACUCUGAAUUAAAUAUUAGAUAUGCUGUAACAUAUAUAUAUAUAUAUAUAUUCAUAUCAAUAUUCAAUUAUAUGCUAAAGAAAGGUUGAUAUGCGUGUAUCAAAGCAAUAAAUGUAAUAUCUUUAUUGAAAUAAUACUGAUAAAUGUAUUCUAAUCUAGGUUUUUUCAAGUAUUUGUUGUAGAGAGUACAAACGUUAUGUAUUAAAUACACAGGGAUCCAAGUAAAGACUGAUUACUACUUUACAACUAAUACUACAGGAUUCAAUGUUACUGUCAAAUAUAUUGUUACCUUAAUCUGAAUUUUGAGACUACAAAAUGGAAUGUACUCUUUGGUGCACAUAAUUUCAUGAAAUAUGAAAAUUAUCCUUUCUGAAUGGUUAAAUUCGUUGGAAGGGUUAUGUGUUUGCACUAAGAAGUUAAUGCUGUUUUAUAGUUUUUAGCUGAAGAGAUUUUUACAAAUAUAAUUUUUUUUAUAUUAAAAACAAUAGCUACACAAACAAUGAAGAUUCUUUGUCACAUUGUUUAAGUGUACUGUGCCUUGAAUUAUCAAAUCAUCUUUGGCUUCCUUAGAUAUGCCUUAUUCAACAUAGUAUUCAAUUGUAAUAUAGUAUACUGUGUAAUAUAUGCCAGUUUUAGAUUCCAUUCAUGGUAAUGAAUACUUACACCUUUAAAUGGUACAUGUUCUCAUACUUGUUCUCUUCUUUGUUUAUAAUUUCUGGUAAUAAUUAAUUAGUAUUUUCUUUUUUCAUAUUUCAGUCAAUAUAUUAUGAACAUCCUUAAAACUAAUUUAAUUUUUAUCAUUGAUAAACCUUUAACCAGUCUUCACUAAUUACAUAAGAAGCAUUGCACUAAAUACAUGCAUUUUCCAUAUAGUUUACUGUAUUUUUUAAGUUACACAAAAAGCAGCAUCAGAUUCUAAUUUAUUUUCUUCUGUUCAAAAUUAUUGUACACCUUCUCCGUGCUGUUAUUUUGUCUUGUUACUUUUUGUGUGUUCCUUUUACUUAAUCUUUUCCCUAUGUGGAAGAUACAGACAAAAUUUUUUCCUUGUCAGUGUGUUUCUGCCAUAAUUUAGGGUCUGGGACUUCAGUUCAGUUUUUUUCUCUGUUUACUACUUCUACAGUUUCACAUAUGUAAUUUCAUAUAUUUACCUCUGAGAUUUCUUCUGCUGUUGUAUGAUGUUCUGUACUGACAGUACAGUUUGUCUCAAGUAGAUUCCUUCUCUUCUGUCACAAAUUAUGGUCCUUUUCACUGCAUUUGAAGCCAUGUGCCAUUUCUUUGAGAAAUGGUCCUGGUUCUUGUUCUAUUUUUUACAUCUAUGCUACUGCUCAACUUCCAAGAUCUUUACAUCUUCAUGCUAGUUUGUCGUCACAGUAUUCUUCACCUUAGCUCUUUCUACUCAACUGUCUCUUUGACAGGAUCAUUCUCCAACUUCAUUCAAUGGGAGUUAUUUGGAUGUUUCUUCCAGAGCCAAAAUCCUCUCUUUUGGUUCAGUUUUUUAUGCUUUCUUUUUCAAAAGUUCCACAUGUAGGGCCAAGAGUUAUGGUUUUGGUGACCCAAAUGCCUCACCAUUGGUAUGAUGUUCUUUAGUGGAUGAACAGUUAGAUUGGUUCAUUACCUGGAGUUUACAGAUCUGUUCUCAUUCUUGUAAGAUGGUUUUAUAUAAUCUUGGAUUUCACUUUCGUUUUUUGGUCUAACUAAUUUUAUUUAUUUCUUUUUGAUUAUUUUUAAGUCUUUUCUCACUUGAUCAAGCAGAAAAGCAGGGUUCCAAUGUCAGUUUAUUUAUUUUUUAUAAUUACCUGUUCAAGGCAUCUAGUCAUACAAAUUACAGACUUAUCCCUUCUCAUCUAUUUACUAUGUCUUAAUGUAGGUGGCUAAACCACAUCCUAGCCAUGACACUAGAAAUAUAAAUUUUUUCUUCUCCAUUUUCUUCCAGAUGUAAAGUAUUAAAUAUUAGUACUUGCCCUUAGCAAAAUAGGUGAUUUGCACAUAUUAAAUUAAUAUGUGUAUAUUAUAGAUUUCAUUAUUGGGUAAUUACUGACUUAUACAGAAUGAUCCUCUCCUCUCUUUUUUGUCCCAUCAAAUCUUCUUUAUCGGUUAAGUUUCAAAUUCAUGUUUUUAUUUUUUAAUAAAAAGAUUUGUUUUUUGCAAUACUGCAGACCACAUAUAUCUUGAUAAUGCACUUGUCACAUAUGCUGCUCCACCUUUAUAUACAUUUUAUAUUUUAAAGAGUUGUAAGUUAUGAAUUGGCCUACAAGAGAUUGGACUUUGCUUGCCAUUACAGCAGGCCAAUACUAAAAUGAUUAGGUUUCCAAUUACUAAUUUAUAAAUCACAAAUUCUUUAAAUAAAACAAUUAUAUUUGAAAUAGUUUACAGAAAUUUGGAUUCACCACAAACUUUUCACAUAUGCAGGUUCUGACUAACCUCAUAUUCUAAAAGAUUCUAUUGUAAAUACUUAGUUCAUUGAGUUUCUCUUGAAUCAGAUUCUUUUUAAGUACUCUGAAUUGAACUGGCCUUAAACUUAGAUAUUUUUCAUUCAAAGAACUCGUUCCUUGGCCAUGUUUAAAAAAUAAAAUAUUACAUGGCUGGUUAACAAUAGCAACAUCAGAUGUUAUAGUUUAUACAAAAACUAUGAUUUCAUAAUGUAUUUUAAAAUCUGAAAUCUUUAAUUUUCUGUACAAGGAGAAAUACCCCCCCCCCACCAACAAUACAGUUCAUACCUCUGAAAUCAGGGGAUUUUUACAUCAUGGAAAGUUAUAGUAGGUGAAGUAAAUGAACAUCAAGGUUGAAACAUGCCAUUGAGUACUACUUUCACUCUGGUACGCUUUAUUUUCCAAUAAAAAGUUCAUCUAUUAAUAAUGAUGCACUGCCUAUUGACAAAACUAGGGUGAACUGUUGCAACUUUCAGUCAAAUUCCGAAGAUCAUAUUAGCUUCACUCUUAUUUUGGAUAAUAUAAUUCUUGUAAUGGUGUUAGAACCUGUAAUUAAUUAGCAUGUGUAAAAUAGUAGAUUGUAGAGCAUAUUUUUUAUAACUAGUUUGUUUUAGCAAGUUUAUUAAACAUUUGUGCAGUGUUUUACUAUUACUUGCAAAAUAUAACACUUUACAACAUAGAGGAACUAACCUUGUCUUGUUAAGUAGCACUGCUUUGGGCUUAUUAUUCAUACUGGUAUUUUACAAAUAUUGGUGGAAAGUGUACCAGUUGAUAUGAUUGUAUAUUCUGAGUUUUGUGAUAAAGGUAGACAUAGAAAUAUUUAAAGAAUACCAUGUGUAAAAAUAACAAAACAGAAAAAUAAGAUAUAAGUAGCAGUGUAACAAGAUUAUAUAUAUAAGAGUUUAGUCUUCUGUGUUUUUGUUACUGAUUUUUGAUUGCUCAGGAAUUCUUGUGUUGUGGAGUUAAAAAAUAGGAAUGUUGCUUGUAGUUGUCAAUAUUAAGGUUUAUUUCCAUGUGGAAGAAACAAAAUAUUUAAAAAAUUAAGUUGCAUGCAUUGUUAAAUUUGUGGUAAAUGUUACUCAAUUUCAAGUUAUUUAGAAAAUGAAUUUUAUUUUUUCAAGAAUUACGUAUGUGAUUAUACAUAUAUAUAUAGUUGUCAAUUAAUCUAAGUAAAAUAAUGAUAUUGACUAUUACAGCUGUGUAUGUUAGUAACACAAGGGGAAGAUGAAAAGGUGUUUAUAAGAAUGUUUGCUUAUACAGUGCUUUUUCAAACAAUACAAACAUCUUCAUACUUAACUUAAAAGUGAUGGCAGCUAUAGCUUUAUUUUUUUCUGGUGUGAUUUAUUUUUUAAACAAUCCUACUAUUAUAAUACAUGCACACACCAGUUAGUGUUGAAAUUCAUUAGGCUACUGGUUUUACACACAGACAUACACAUUAUGGUAGAAUUUAUAAUACUGGCAUUACAUAACUUUUUUUUUUUGAACCCAUGGCAGCAAAAUCACUAUUUUUGUAAUUUUACCAAUGUUUAACAUCAAUUCAAUUAUUUAAUCAUUCAUCACACGACAAGCUAAGUCAUUUUAUUACACUCGAUUUUCAAAUCAUAUGUCCCACUUUCAGGAGAAAUCUUGUUGUCCCUGUGUUUUAAGGCUUGUUACAUUUUUUACUCUAUCUGUUGAAUACUACUUUAUUGAUGGAAGAACAGAUUUUUAUUAUAGCCACUUAUAUUGUUUUGUUUCAACUUUGACCAAAUUAAUGGAAGGGAGUUAAAAUAAGAAGUACGAUUAUAAUUAUAAAUGCGUUCUUAGGUAAAACUUAGUUCAUAGUUUACCAUGUUAUCAGAUUAGUGUAAGAUAUUUAGUGCUGGGCAAUUGUCAGUUUUGAAAUUGAUUCAGUAUUUUUAAUUAAUCCAAAUUACAGAUUAUUCUAAUUAGAUCAUUAAAAAAUGACAAACCAAGUUCAUCUAUUAAUAAUGGUGCACUGCCUAUUGACAAAACUAGGGUGAAGUGUUAUAACAAUGAAAAAAACAACAACAAAAAACAGAUGACUUGGUGUCCAUUAACUCAAUAAAUAUUAGAAGACAUAAUAUAAGAUAGAAUAGUAAUCUAAAAAUUGUUAUAUUAAUCAAUAAAAAAUGGUAAUUUGUUUCCUGCUUAAAAUUGGAUACUCUUGUGCAAGUAUUUUCACACUGAUUCUAACAAUGUGACAAUUAAUGUUGUUAUGAAACUGCUUGAUAUGCAUUAUGGGCGAUGUAUUUUGAAGUGGAGAGGAUGUCUCUGUGCUUUUGUCACUUAAAGGCUCCCUCAGAACUAAAAAUCCCAGGGUGAUCUGAUAUGCAAGUUCUUACCAUGCAGUCAAUUAACCCAACCCACUGAUGUUGCCUGGAAUAAAGUUAACAGAAAAAGAGAAUACCAUUUAAAAGUUAUUAAUGUAAUGUAUUUAUUUAACAUUUCUUAUUUUUUUUUAGUACAAGGUUCAACAUUAAGAAGAUACAGAACAUUUGUUUUCAUUUUCUGCAAACCCUUUAUAUUUGGGAUAAGAUAAUGAUGAGAGCAAUGACUCUGAAUUCUUCUCUGUGAGUGAACACCCCCCCAACAGCACUCAGUUCUUAUGUACUUAUCAAAUGAAAUGUAUUAAGUAAUAAUAUAAAUUUGGUUUGAUGUUUAUUUUCAUAAUUGAAAACUAAUUGGAAUUUCGAUUAAUUGUUCAGCACUAAUGACCAAACUGAGAUAACUGAAAACUACAUUAUUAAAAACCUUUGGUUUCCACUGUUUGUUUUGUUGAAUAAAAGUGGUCAUGAACAAUAACUUAUCAUUAAUCAUUAUAGAAAACUACAUUUCUGUACAAUUCCUUUUCAUAAAUACCAUCAGUGAAUAUUAGUUUUACAUUUGGAAGAUUAAGCUUGUUUAUGUGAUAUGGAGUAUAUGUCUACUUCAAUGGCAUGUAGAUUAUGGUUGAAACUGAUUAUAAUUUUAGGUACCUUAGAAGAAAAAAAGGCGUUUAAUAGACAAGAAUUGGUUUGUUGGUGUGCCAAACGAAGAGAGAAGUGAUGGAAUAAUUAGCAAUUCCUGUAGACUUCCAUUAAACUGGUUACCUUCAUGUACACUUUAUUGUGAUAAUAGUAAACCUUUGGGGAUGUAGAUUUGGGUUUUGGGUAGCUUAUUUUUGUGCAACGUUUUUAAGGUGAAGGUAUUUGCAUGUUAAUUGUUCUUGUCCUGUAAAUGAAAGCUAUUUUUUAAAGUCUUUGCAAUCAAUAUUUUGGUAGUUAUAUCUCAAGUGUACAUAAUAUCAAUCACUGGCCAUAAAAAAAGACAAGAAAAUUAAGAAGUGUCUUUCACUGUUACAUAUUCCAUAUGUAAAUAAACAGAUUAUAAUAACUGUGUUCAGCA